AUGGGGCCUACCAUUGCCAAUGACAAAUACGAACUUGCCGUUUACAAGGAGUCGACAACGCCGUUCGAAUGGACAGAAGACGAGGAACGGACCCUCAGGCGCAAGCUCGACUGGCACACAGUUCCGUUGGUGACAUUUCUGUAUCUUCUUUGUUUUCUCGACCGAGUCAACAUUGGGAAUGCGAGGAUCCAAGGCAUGAGGAAUGACAUCAACAUAGAAGGCUAUCGGUUCAACUGGGCUCUUUCGGUAUUCUACAUUGUCUACCUGCUGGUCGAGGUGCCAAGCAAUAUCAUACUUCAACGUGUCGGACCCCGUUUUUACCUACCAUUCCUCGUCGUCGGGUUCGGUCUGGUCUCUCUUUGCACGGCUUUCAUCACCUCGUUUGAGGGGCUUAUAGGGAUACGCGUCGCUUUAGGUAUCUUCGAAGGCGGCGCAAUGCCGGGGUUCUCAUUUUUCCUGAGCAGUUUCUACAAAAGAGAGGAGCUGCUGCUCCGGAUGGGCAUCUUCAUCUCCUCUGCAUCUCUUUCUGGCGCCUUUGGUGGGCUCCUUGCGGCUGGCCUCUCCCGCAUUUCGCCAUGGGGCUUGUCCAGUAUUCCCAUCCAUACGUGGCGCAAUAUAUUUUUCUUCGAAGGGCUCUUCACCGUCAUCGCCGGGAGUCUCGCGCCCCUUUGGAUGCCUACUGGCCCGGCCACUGCGUAUUUUCUCAACGACCGGGAACGAUCCAUUGCUGUUGAGCGCCUGCAGCGCCAGCAAAAAGCCAAUGCUGAAGCCAAGGUUAACAUACAGGACAUCAAGAGUGCUGUCUUAUGCCUACAUACAUAUACGUGCGCUUUUGGCUUCUUCCUGAUUAACAUUACUGCCCAGGGGAUUUCCGUCUUCAUGCCAACGAUUCUUGCCGACUUGGGCUGGACGGCAACAAAAGCACAACUAUAUUCUGUACCGCCUUACGUCGUAGCCACUAUUACCGCCAUUUUCGUCGCGUGGUACAGCGAUAAGACACGUCAGCGUGGCAUCUUCUUGGUGGCGUGCUCGAUGCUUGCUGUGAUUGGAUUCGCUAUUCUGAGAUUCGAAACGCAGGCGACCAUCAGGUAUAUGGCGUUGUACUUUGUAGCAGCUGGCAGUUUCCCCUGUGGUCCUGGGUUCUUGUGCUGGGCAAUGAAUAACUCAGCAGGGCCUUCCGUUCGAGCAGUCACUAGCGCAUACGUCGUAUCCAUUGGUACCCUGGGUGGUAUUGUCGCCACAUGGACAUACACUUAUAAGGACGCUCCAAAGUACUUCACCGGACACACGAUCAACCUUGGCGGACAGAGCUUGACUGCCAUGCUUGCAGUGUUUGGAAUAUUUUACUGCAUGUAUGAAAACAAAAGUAGAGCGACUGGAAAGAAAGACCACCGACUGGAAGGCUUGACGAACGAGGAGAAAGAUCAGUUGGGUCACCGCCAUCCUUCAUUCCGUUACAUGACAUGA